CUCGUGGGCAUAAUAUGCGGCUCCGGACUCGGCAAGCUGGCCGAUCGACUGCAGAAGCCCAUCGUCAUUCCCUACAAAGGCAUCCCCGGAUUCCCCGAGAGCACAGGUAGGCCUGUCGUCAUUCUCUCCACACCCUCCUCCCCCUCCUCCUCCUCCUCCCCCUCAUCCACCUCCUCCUUCUCAUUAUGUUCUGUCUAGGUGGGACGCGAGAUGGGCAUCGCGAAUCUGAUGCACGAAGGCGUCUACAUUUGCUGUUGCGGACCGAACUACGAAACACCAGCUGAGGCUCGAGCGCUCAGUCUCCUGGGAGCCGACGUGGCAGGUGAGACGCCAAAUGCGGCCAUUAUGCUUUCAUCGACACAUCUCCAGUUGUGUUGGAGGCAAACUACGCAUUUCACUAAUUACUCUCAAUCUCUUUUAACCCAAACAGGCAUGAGCACAACGGCCGAGACCAUUGUGGCGCACCACGCCGGCAUGAAGGUGCUCGCCUUGUCGCUCGUCACCAGUCAGGAGAUCCUGGAUAACGACAGAGAGGAGAAGGUCAAUCACGAGGACGUCCUCGAGACGAGUCUGCAGCGUGUUGAGACCAUGACCUCGCUCAUCACCAGGGUGCUUGCUGCCCUCUAG